CGGAUUCCCAAGCUCAGCUUCUCUUUCCCAACCUAAGCUUCGGAUUCCCGAACCUCCACAUUGUCCAUUCUUCUACUCUGCGUUAAUACUACCUGACUCCAAACUACCCACAAUUCAAUCUUCCUCUGAAACCCUAAUUUUUCACUCCGUUUUCUCAAUAAAUCAAUAACGAUCGCAGCUUUGCGGAGCUCAAGAAUGGAAUGCAGGCUUUGAUCCAUCCGAACUAUUCACUUUAAGUUGAUUGGUUAUAUUUUUUGGAGUUGAAAAGAUGGCGCAGAGCAAUUGGGAAGCAGAUAAGAUGCUUGAUGUGUACAUAUAUGAUUAUCUGGUGAAGAAAAAGUUGCAUAACACUGCAAAGUCCUUUAUGACAGAAGGGAAAGUUGCCCCGGAUCCAGUUGCAAUUGAUGCUCCUGGUGGUUUCCUUUUUGAGUGGUGGUCUGUCUUUUGGGACAUAUUUAUAUCUAGGACAAAUGACAAACACUCUGAGUCUGCUGCAGCAUACAUAGAGGCACAACAAAUCAAAGUGAAAGAGCAACAGCAACAGCAACUCCAGAUGCAGCAGUUGCAUUUGGUGCGUCAGGCUCAAAUGCAGCGGCGAGAUUCUAAUCAUCCUUCUCUUGGUGGUCCUGUGAAUGCUAUUGGUUCUGAAGGAAUGCUUGGACAGUCCAAUGCCAGUGCGUUGGCUGCCAAAAUGUAUGAGGAACGCAUGAAACACCCAAAUGCUAUGAAUUCAGAUACGACACAGCCACUUCUUGAUGCUCGAAUGGCCCUUCUAAAAUCAGCACCCAAUCAUCCUGGUCAGUUGGUUCAGGGAAAUCAUGGGAGUGUAACUGCAGCAUUGCAGCAAAUGCAGGAUAUCAAACCUGAGGUAAACAUGGGUGCCGCCCAAAGAUCUAUGCCUAUGGAUCCUUCAUCAAUUUAUGGCCAAGGAAUCAUGCAGUCAAAACCGGGAAUUGGUAAUACAGGUUUGAACCCAGGAGUUGGUAAUAUUCCAUUGAAGGGGUGGCCAUUGACAGGCAUUGAUCAAAGUCGGCCAACUUUAGGCCCACAAGUUCAAAAGCCUUUCUUACAGAAUGCAAAUCAGUUUCAACUGUUACCACAGCAACAGCAACAGCAACUCUUAGCACAGGCCCAGACACAAGGAAGUCUUGGUAGUUCACCAAUAUAUGGAGAUAUGGAUCCUCAAAGGUUUGCAGGAUUAUCUAGGGGAACUUUAAAUGCAAAAGAGGGCCAAAUAACUGCAAAUGAUGGAUCUAUAGGUUCUCCAAUGCAAUCAACUUCAUCAAAAAUGAACCUGCCACCAAUAAGACAAUCUUCCUCUCAACAAGAUCCUUUGCAAUCACAGCAGGUGCAACAGAAUAACCGGAAAAGGAAAGGACCAUCAUCUUCUGGACCUGCUAACAGUACCGGUACUGGAAACACAGUUGGUCCUUCCCCUAAUUCUCAACCGUCAACCCCAUCAACUCAUACUCCAGGUGAUGGAGCUGCUAUGUUGGGGAAUAUGCAGCAUGGUGCUAGCAUGUCAAAAUGUUUCGUGACGUAUGGAUCUGAUGGAACCGCUGGUAUUGCAUCGUCAACAAACCAUCUGGAUGACAUCGAACAGUUUGGAGAUGUUGGAUCCUUUGAUGACAAUGUGGAAUCUUUUCUAUCACAUGAUGAUGGAGAUGGAAGAGAUUUGUUUGGUACAUUAAAACGAAACCCUUCAGAGCAUGCAACUGAGACUUCAAAAGGAUUCAGUUUCAGUGAAGUUAGUUGUAUUCGUAAAAGCAAUGGCAAAGUCACCUGCUGUCAUUUCUCUUCAGAUGGAAAGCUAUUAGCCAGCGCUGGACAUGACAAGAAGGCUGUUAUUUGGAACAUGGACACUCUUCAAACUGACUGCACACCGGAGGAGCACACUCUUAUUAUCACUGAUGUCCGCUUCAGACCGAAUUCGACUCAGCUGGCAACAUCUUCAUUUGACUCAACUGUGCGUGUUUGGGAUGCUGCACAGCCAAAUCAUUGUGUAAGGAAAUAUUCAGGGCAUAAUGCACAGGUGAUGUCCCUUGAUUUCCACCCAACGAAGAAUGAGUUAUUCUGCUCCUGUGAUUCUAACAGUGAGAUCCGCUUCUGGAACAUCAAUCAUUAUUCUUGCACCCACAUCUUUAAGGGAGGCAGCAUACAGGUCAGGUACCAGCCAAGGUUAGGACAAUCAUUGGCUGCAGCAGCGGAAAAUGUUGUGUCCAUCUUUGAUGUUGAGACUAAUAUGAGAACACGUUUGUUGCAGGGGCACUCUACUGCGAUCCACUCUGUUUGUUGGGACACAAAUGGGGAUUAUUUAGCCUCAGUCAGUCAAGAGUCUGUGAAGGUGUGGUCACCGGCUACUGGAGAUUGCAUUCAUGAACUCAGUUCCAGUGUAAACAAAUUCCAUUGUUGUGUUUUUCAUCCAAGCUUUUCCACACUAUUGGUCAUUGGUGGCUACCAGUCUUUGGAACUAUGGAACAUGGUUGAGAACAAAUGUAUGACGAUUCCAGCCCACGAGGGUGUAAUAUCAGCCCUGGCACAGUCACCAGCAACCGGAAUGUUAGCCUCUGCCAGUCAUGACAAAUCCGUAAAGGUCUGGAAAUAACUAAUCUGCUCAAGGUCUGGAAAUAACUAAUCUGCUCAAGGUCUGGAAAUAACUUCUCUGCUCCUUGAGCAGACAAUCUUCCAGUAGCAACUCUUAUUCGUCUUAAAUUAUCAAUACCAGGAGAUUUCAAAAAUGGAAUCCCCACAAACCUUAUUUAAUCUGAUUUGAUAUUGUUUUGUAUUGCAUUAAUAAGCUUGAUGUCAUUGUCCUGUGUCGAUUGUUGAUUGCUAACUAUAUUUAUCCAAAAUAUAUAACGAUGUUCUUGUUUUGUUCUGGCUUGUGUGUGAUUAUGAUUUAGUAAUACAGGAUACGCGGUUGG